GUAUGGGGUACAUUACUACCUAGUAGUAAAUUGUGCCUAACAACACCUUAAUCCAUCAAUCCUAGAGUUUGCGAACUAUUCCAUUUGCCAGUCUACUGCCUACCCUAUAUGACCUACUAAAUCCUGUUCUGCCACUGCCUACGAGUACUUUCACUUUCUCCCCCUUCCUCCCCAUACCUACCUAGUAUAACUACUAUCAGUUUCUCCUUCUUUGAUUUGUUCCUUCCUCUGCUGAACCACGUUUGGAAAAUCAUUCCCAAAUCCUUUGUUGGCCCCAUAACCAUCGGUUUUACUCCUGUUUCCCACCCAGCGGACGCUUCCUCUAAAGCCUGUUUUGCAUACGUUAUCGGCUUACCGGUUGGACUGAUGCAGGGCCAAGCCUGUCAUGUCAAUAAUUCACGACCCCACCGUCGUGCGCACUCAGUGCAAUAGUAAAUCUAGGCGACGCCCAACUCCGGAUGCGAUUCGAGAUACGGCCGCCAGGUCCCGGCGGUCUCUACUCAAAUCCCUCUCCGUCCCAUCUUUGUCGUCCGUGGUCAAAAGCUCUCUAACAUGGGCUGGAGACACGUGGAACUAUCGAAGAGAUGGCUCUUGCGCCGAACAGCGCCAGGAGAGCAGUGAUAGAGAAGACAGGAAACAGGUGCUUUACUUGAAAAUGCGGAAUGCGGUGACGUAUGAAGAAUGGCGGAGUUGUGCCAGCGAAUUGGACGACCUGGAGGAGCACACCAUCUGGAAGGAGACGCUUGAGUCACCUGAUUACGACGUUCGUCUGAUUCAAGAACGUCUUAAGCAAUUGGAGGACGCCCGCAUCAGUUGUGAUGUCAGCCGGAUGUUGUUCCUAAUUCGCACUUCUCUAAGCCGAGAUCUGGGGAACAUGAGCAAUGCCUCACUUUACCGCCAUUCGCACCUGGGUACGAAAGAUUUAAUAGACCGAUAUAUUACUACAGCUCUAGACACGAUAUCCUCGCUGGUCGAGCUAUCGGGGCAAAACCGAUGCGAUGGCCUAGAGACCAAGUAUAUACUUGACCAAUUACUCGCAGCGAGACAAGCGUUUGGCCGCAGCGCAUUGUUGUUCUCGGGGGGCGCGACGUUCGGAAUGAAUCACAUCGGGGUACUGAAGGCUCUGUACGAGGCCAAACUCCUCCCUCGAAUCAUCUCCGGGGCCUCCGCAGGCAGCAUCGUGUGCGCAGUGUUCUGCACGCGCACCGAAGAUGAGCUCCCGGCGCUGCUCGAUUCCUAUGCGUAUGGUGACUUUGCAGUCUUUGGCGAAGAAAGCGAAACCGACAAUAUAUUACAGAAGACCGCGCGGUUUCUCAAGUACGGAUCGUUUCUCGAUAUCACACAUCUAGCUAAGCUGAUGAGAAGCUGGCUUGGCGAUAUAACCUUUCAGGAAGCAUACAAUCGGACCCGACGAAUUCUCAACAUUUGCGUCUCUAGCGCGGGAGUCUAUGAGCUUCCCAAGUUGUUGAACUACAUCACUGCACCGAAUGUGUUGAUUUGGUCUGCUGUUGCUGUUUCCUGCUCAGUACCCCUGAUAUUUUCACCGUCAGAGCUCAUGGCUAAAGAUCCUAUAACUGGAGAGCCAACGCCUUGGCACGACUUGCACAAACAGUACAUCGAUGGAUCAGUGGACGGCGACCUGCCGAUGAACCGAUUGUCCGAGAUGUUCAAUGUGAAUCACUUCAUUGUGUCGCAGGUCAAUCCUCACGUCGUCCCAUUCUUGCCGAGGGAUAAUGGUCCAAACCAGCAAGGGCAAUCGCUCUUCACUGCUCCUCAAUGGUUGCACACGGCCACUCAUCUGGCCAAGGACGAACUACUGUAUCGCCUAACAGUUCUCUCAGAACUGGGAAUCUGCCCGACAGCUUUGACGAAGACCAUGUCUAUUGUGAACCAGAAAUACUCCGGCGAUAUCAAUAUCUACCCGGAGAUAUUGUAUAGCCACUUCCCGGUGAUACUGAAGAAUCCGACGACCGAGUUCAUGCUUCAAGCAUGUCUCUGUGGGGAGCGUGCAACAUGGCCUAAGCUCGGUCGCAUUCGAAACCAUUGUGCUAUUGAAUUGGCAUUGGACAUGGCUGUACAGCAGAUGCGAGCAAGGGUGGCCUUUUGCCCUGGUGAGGUUCGCAUAAGGUCGGAUAGUAGUCUCGAUAGUCGCUCGCUCGAGUCACUAGAGAGCAGUGGCGGCCGUGGCCGUAUGCUCAAUCGUCGGAGUUCAUAUAGCCAUGAGCUGGAGCGACGAAAGCUACCCAAGCAGCACAACAUCUGUCAAGCCACCCCAUAUUUGCAAAGAUCUCGGAGUGUCUUCUUAUCUAAAUACUCACAAAGCAUCGAUGGCGUGAGCCUUGCGCGCCAGGAUCACGAUCUCGAGCGAAGUACGCAAGGGGAGGGGGAGAACUCCUCCAGUACUGGCGACGAAUCUUAUUCUGCGGAGUCUGACACCGACGAAGAACCACUGCCUUCGUUUUCCGAACGCCUCCAGUUGAGCAAAUCUUGGCGAUCCUGGGAGCCGUGCUCGCAAGAUCACCCGUACUCUUUGCUGGCUCUCAAGAAUGGUUCGCUUUCUUCACAGUCGACGCCCGGCCUUUCGUCUUCAUCCGGUCACUCUGCCCGGUCGCCAUUCAAUGGUAUUGCGAUUCGUUCUCCAGAGUAUGCCACCUGUGGCAUGCACGAGACGUCGUUAUCACCAUCGCGCCACCUGCUGCGAAUGACGCCAACAACCCAUGCAAAAACGCCCAGCAGGUCGUCUCUGACAUGAAGUGAUGACUGCGCCAGGAUCCAGCGUGCAUCAUAGCUGUCGCUACGCAAUGGCGACUUCUUGCUCAUUUUCCAUGUUUUACACUUUUGCACAUUAUUGGAUUAUAUUAUUGUCAAUACUGGACAUGCAUUGGGGUCUUGUGUCCCUCCUAGAGUAUGUACGCAGUCUAGAUCUCAGGAGUCGGCGUCUGGAAUGGCUGGUUACUAGACGAGCCUGAUUUAGAGAGCACUAAUCAUAGACUGCAUAAGAUAAUGGAAGCUUUGGGGUUUGCUGACUUGCGAAUGAUCAUCAUUGACAAUU